AUAGUGUAUUGCGGCGAUAUUUCGUGAAAGUGACUUAACAGAAAGUUAAAUAAGCAUCGAAGGCGAUUUAUCACACCGAAGAGCACUCGUGAAAAUCAUCGUUUAUUCUCUUGAUUGCCCGAUCAAAUUAAAGUAGUGCGAUCGUUACCACUUGGCACCCGUCCCAUCAGCAGCAGCGGUUCUUGGAGUAAAAAUGGUUGCUAGCGAACAGGAGGAAGACAUCGCCCCGAAAAGGGAAACAACUGCGGCACCGACACCAGCGGCUGCGGCAGACAAUGUUAACGAGUCGGAAAUCAGCAAACGUACUUUUCGUUUAGAAGUAUGGUCGAAGAUGCGUUCUGAAAAACGUUCGCAGGUUGCUGGCCCCAGCAACAACUCUACGCGAAAAAUACCCUUUUUUCCGGAGGCGGAACAGGCGGCCGAGCGUCUUGCUGAAACUGAUGAGUUUAAACAAGCCAGCAAAAUUAAGGUCAAUAUUGAUCUUGUACAAGAGUCAGUCAAGCUGCAAGUGCUGAAAGCGCACAAAACGCUUUUCGUUGCACCAUCGCAAAAGUCUGAGUUUUUGUAUGCUAAGAUCAAAUCCUGCAACGUAAACGAGGUACCACUAACAAUACAGAAACGCAUAGUUAAAAUGCUCGGCCCGGAAGACACAUAUGAGGAGCUCGGUAUUGAUCAAGCCGAACCCGUUGAUAUGGUUGUUGUGGGGUGCGUGGCAGUAAGCGAGCAAGGGCAGCGCAUUGGUAAGGGUAACGGCUACGUGGAUUUGGAAAUUGCGUUACUCGCUGAACAAGGCGUGAUUACACCGAAGACUGUAAUCGCCACAACUGUGGCGGAUGCUCAGGUGUAUGAAACUUUGCCGGAAGAUUUGUUCCAACCGUACGAUUUCACCAUUGAUCUGAUUGUAACGCCGACACGUGUGAUUCGCGUCGCAAAUCGGCCAACACCGCGGGUUAUUGGCAUCCAAUGGGGCCUACUAUCAGCUCGUCGCCUGGAGGUUGUGCGCGUGCUGAAAAAGUUGAAAGAGGAACUCGAAGCUCAGGGCAAGGUAAUCGCUCUCAAGGACGAAGACACAGAUGUCGAAAGCUUCCGCAAACCACGCAAUCAACGAAGCGGGGGUGGUAGUGGCCAACGCCGCCAGCAAACCCGUCGCCGUCGCUCAGUGCGUAAUCAACAGAAUGGUGCGGCAGAUACCGGUGCUGGUACCGCCGUUGGCAGUCACGAUGAGGGUGGAAAGGAAGGUGCCGAAAAGCGAACAGGCGAAGAAGGAGGUGGUGGUGGCCGUCGGGCUCGCCGAAAACCACGCUACGGUCGUAAAGUACGGAAUUAUUCUUCCGAUUCUUCUCAGGGUCGUGACGGUGGUGUAGGUGGCAAAUCUGAAUCGGCUUCCGGCGGUGGUGGCGGUGGUGGACGUGGCAAACGGCAUCGCGGCAUUUCAGGACGUAGUGGUGGAGGCCAGUUGGAGGAAAAUGAACAGUUUGCCAACGGUGCCGGCGGAAAAAGCGGAAGAAAUCGCAGCGGCAAGGCAGGAGGUGGUACCAGUACCGGCAGACCCAGAGGCCGAGUGUUGCAGCAUCAAGAUAGCGUGAGGAUCCGCGUUUCGAAUAUGUUCGCGGUUCGCUUCAAGGAUUUCAAAGAAGAGCUGCGCUUCCGUGACUGCUACCCUUCGAAAAUUAGUAAGGGUCGCUACGGUAAGUGUAUGCUGAUCUUCCCGAAGCGCGACAAUACUGACGAGCAGAGUCAGGCAGAAGAGUUACUCAGUAAGCUGUCGGACAUGCGCAUAACAGUACAACAAAAAGACGGCGAGGCGAAACAAGUUGAGCUAAAAUGCGAGUUGCACCAGAGGCGCCGUGAUGGAUCGACCAGCGACCAUGAUGCGGAGAACCACGAAUCGCAACAGGAGCAACAGGGUCAGCAAGAUCAAUACGCGCCACACGGCCAGCAACGAGAGCCAGCCCAACAGCCGUCGCCACACAGUGAAGGUGGUCAAAAAGUAUCCUAAUAGAUUAAAUAGGCGACACAAAAUACGUUUCUGUCCUAUUUCCAAUCCAUUUUAUUUCUGCUUCACAUACCUUUUUUGCUAUUAACAGUAAAUUCCCUGCUUACAUCCCCCGUCUCUUCAAAAUACUGCUAAGUACGAGGGAUGAAAAAUUA